GGCUGGGCCCGGCGCUCCGCGCGGCCUCCGGGCAGCGGCCGCCGCGGGAGCGGAGGGUCUCCUUUUGCAAAAGGAAGAGAACAUAUCCCUGAAAAGCAGCUCCCAAAUUCUUCACAGUCAGAAUCCUAUCCAGAUAUCUAAAGAGCUUUGAAGUCCUCCAUAAAGAGGGUUAAGAAUUUCAAAGAAGUCGUUGCCUUGAUGUGGUGAACUAGAUGAUUGCUGUAGCCUUUUACUUUUGUGGAGCUCUCUAGGAAAGAAGCCUGAUAAAGCAGAUAUAUCUGUUUGACUAUCAAGGUUGUGGAUCAUGGAAGAACAACUACUAAACAACAGCAUCCUUGACCAAUUUAUUAAUAGCCAUGAACAGUCAUAUGAAGAGUUUCUAAAUUCAUUCACUUACCUUUUGAAAGAAGAAGAGGGGAAGCCAAUACAAGGAUAUAAAGUGGAUUCCCUAAGAAAAACAUUUUCUACAUCUGAGUUACCAAACAGAAAUAAAGAGGAUGAUAGCUCACCUGAAAGAAGCAAAGAACUGUCUGUGCCCCUCCCGCCAAAGAUGCCAAAUGGGAAUGAGAUGGAGAUGACUGAGUGCUGGAAAGCUGGUGGCCCUGAUGGAAACAAUCUCAGUCUGUCUGAAAGAGUGAAGGUGGACAAGUACUUAGAUUUGCAAGACAUUGACACAGAUGAAGAGACAUACAGUGCAGGGUCAUUAGUUCUUCCAGGAGAAGUGGAACAGACAGUGACUUGCUGCCCACUUUCUUUUGAUCAGCCUAUUCUACGGAAGUUCAGGACCUUGCCAGUUAUACAACCAGUGGACAACAAAACACAAGAGCUACUAGGGGAUGAUGUUCAGCCAUUCUCACUUGAUGAAGAAUUUGAUUACGACAAUGUGGCUUUGACUCCUAAGUUUUCUGAAGCUGAGCUGAAGUCCAUUACAGGCUUGUCUGAAGAGAAGAAAAUGGAGACAGAUGUAAAGUCAGCAGGAGCUGAAGACUGAGUCAGAGGCACCUUGCAUGGCAUUCUGUGCAGUGCUGUUGAAUAAUGUUUUUAGGGGGUAAAUCUAGCUCCCUAUUGUACCCUUAUUUAAUCUUUUUAUCUGUGUGGUCUGUAAAUAACAUCUUCAAGAUUGUUUUGUGUGUUCCACCAAAGUGUCUUGGAGCCCUGAGGUUGUUUUCUAGUCCUACUACAUGCACAGAACAGAAGGAAGAGUUGCUUGUGUAGUAGCCCUUCAGCCAGCGAGGAAGUAUUUCCUUCCCUUUUAUACAUACGUACAUGGACUUGUGCAUUCAGGUUGGCUAAGGAGGUCUGGAUUUGUCCCUAAAUCCAAUAGGAUUUUUGUAUACAUCUGUGGCCUUAUUUAUUCUUAGGCUCCAGUCGUCAGCUACUUUGUUAUUUUCCAGGUUGUACAAGGCAGUUGGAAGGAUGUCUCAAAUGACAGCCAUGAAUUCCCUUUUCUAGAAGAAUCCUUGAGUAGGCUGAUGCCUGUAUUGCCUCAGGCUAGGCAUGCUGGAAUAAUUACUCCUUAAGACCAACGCAAGCUGAUGCAAUUCAGAAUAGGUGUAUGGCUACUUUAACUUGUAUUUGAUACUGACUCCAGUUCCUGACUAACUCAAGGCUCGUCCUAAAACUGCCUUUCCCUAUUUUGUUCAUCAGUGCAGGUAAGAACUUCAUGCAGCUGAGGAAUCAGCCUCUCCUUAUCUUUCUAUCUAUUCAAAGAUAAACAAUUAUACCAGCAAAUAAAUCUGGGAAAUGUGUUUUGUCCCUUCUGGGUUGCUUCAGUUCUGCAGAGAAAUAAAUAUUCGUAUUUCCAAUAAACUUUUUAAAACAGAUGAUCAAAAUUAACUCUGUGUAACUGCUGAUAAUUAAAAAAUUAACUGCUACUAAAAGUCUUCCAGAAAGAGAAUAAAAUAGUGAUCUAAUCUGUUAUAGAAAUUGGCAUUGAAAUGCUGUCAGAUUUUACAUUUUUUUCACAGGGGAUGAUUUCAGAUAGCAGUUUAGGACUUAAGCUUAGCAUUGCUCAAUACAGGAAGAUCUAGAGUUGAGUAAAUUAUGCAUAGUAUAGGUGAGAGAGAAGAAUCUGCAUCUCUAACAAGAUAGUAUGUACUCUUGCCAUGGGAUGUUUAGAAACAGCUUUUCUCAGCUUACUAAAGAAACAUUGCUAGUGAGGCUUGGUUUAACAUUACAUUACUGAAUUGUAUUAUUGGUCUUUUUCAUUCUGAUGUAACUCCAUUAGUUAAAGUUGAUUGACCAGCAUUUUCUCCUUGGCCUAUCUCCAUUAUCGCCGACGUAGGGGACUAACAUGAUGAAUAUAGUAAGAGAGCCUGAGCAGGUAGAUUAGAGACUGAACCACAUGUUGUUUAAAUGCUUUGGACGAAAUCCAUAAGGCCAGGUGCUCCAUUGUCAGCAAUUUAAAAGAAGAAAAAAAAUGCUUUGUUGUUCCAAAGGAAAUUAUUUGGAUUGGUCAUUUUGUAGAUUAAAAACCCAAUUUAAAACCCA